CCGGGAUGUUUACACUCCUGACAGCGGCCUCCGCGGGAGGAGGAGCGGGAGUUGUCGGAGGAUGGGCCGCCGCUAGGCUCGCACUCGGGACGCGCCUCGCCGUGUGCAGGGUGGGUGCCCGCGCCUGCAGCGUCCGCGGGGGCGGCGCGGCGGGAGGUGGCCGAUCGGCUCGGGGCCUUGCAGCCUCAGCCCCCGGCCCAGCGGGCCUCUCUGCGGCGGUGCCCGGCAGAGCCGCCCGCUCGCUGCAGGUCCCUCGAGGGCGGGAGAACGGACUCCCAACUUCCUGGUUCUCCAACAUUCUUUGCCCCUGUGGGAUCCUGUGAUACUGUAUGUGUGCCUGUCUCCACCUUCUCUCUUACCAAAUCAAGAGUUCUGAAAUUCCUGUUGCUUCAGACAAUGGAUGAGCAAUCACAAGGAAUGCAAGGGCCACCUGUUCCUCAGUUCCAACCGCAGAAGGCCUUACGACCGGAUAUGGGCUAUAAUACAUUAGCCAACUUUCGAAUAGAAAAGAAAAUUGGUCGUGGACAAUUUAGUGAAGUUUAUAGAGCAGCCUGUCUCUUGGAUGGAGUACCAGUAGCUUUAAAAAAAGUACAGAUAUUUGAUUUAAUGGAUGCGAAAGCACGUGCUGAUUGCAUCAAAGAAAUAGAUCUCCUGAAGCAACUCAACCAUCCAAAUGUUAUUAAAUAUUAUGCAUCAUUCAUUGAAGAUAAUGAACUAAACAUAGUUUUGGAAUUGGCAGAUGCUGGUGAUCUAUCCAGAAUGAUAAAGCAUUUUAAGAAACAGAAGAGAUUAAUUCCUGAGAGAACUGUAUGGAAGUACUUUGUUCAGCUCUGCAGUGCAUUGGAACACAUGCAUUCUCGAAGAGUCAUGCAUAGAGAUAUAAAACCAGCGAAUGUGUUCAUUACAGCCACUGGAGUGGUAAAACUUGGAGAUCUUGGGCUUGGUCGAUUUUUCAGCUCCAAAACCACAGCUGCACAUUCUUUAGUGGGCACACCUUAUUACAUGUCUCCUGAGAGAAUACAUGAAAAUGGAUACAACUUCAAAUCUGACAUCUGGUCUCUUGGCUGUCUACUGUAUGAGAUGGCGGCAUUACAGAGUCCUUUCUAUGGUGACAAAAUGAAUUUGUACUCACUGUGUAAGAAGAUAGAGCAGUGUGACUACCCACCUCUUCCUUCAGAUCACUAUUCAGAGGAACUACGACAGUUAGUUAAUAUGUGUAUCAACCCGGAUCCAGAGAAGCGACCAGACAUCACCUACGUUUAUGAUGUGGCAAAGAGGAUGCAUGCGUGCACUGCAAGCAGCUAAAUGUGCAUAAGAUCAUGAAUAUAACCAAAAUAAUUUUAAGUAUUUUUGUGCAAAUCAUACCUCCCUUUUUGUCUGGGUGUUAAGAUUAAUAUUUCAGAGCUAAUGUGCUUUGAAUCCUUAACCAGUUUUCAUGUAACUUUCAUUUUGUACCAAUCUGAAUCACCUUUAUAUAACCCAAAAUGUCUUCAGGAUAAUCAAAAUGCAUGUUAGGGAAGUGAGCGAGACAUGAUAGUUUUUAAUAGCUAAAGGCUUUUAAGAAUUGAGUUUUCUGUCGAUAGACUGUGAGUGCCAAAUAUUGAAGGAGGGCUUGGUGCACAAGUAUGAAACCUGAUCAGAAGUAUCUGAAUGUUUGACUUGUGUGGUUUUUAGUCAUUUAUAGAUAUUGAAAUGAACACCAUUGUGAACUUUUGUGAUUUUAAUGUUUGAAGUAUGUUUUAGUUCUUAGCAUUGUAACUUUCAGAUAUGUAAUUCUAAUAAGUAUAGACAGACUAUGAGAAACACUUAAAAUUCUUAGCUUAGACAUUCAAAAUGCAACUAUUAAAUGUGAAAAGAUUUGGGGACGAAAUGUGAGUCAGACACUGAAAAGUCUUUGUUUUGCUUUAGUAUCUUUGAUAUUCUCUUUGCAUUAAAAUGGUAGAAAUGAAUCCAUUUAAAAAGUGGUUAAGGAUUUGUUUGGCUGGUGUGAGUAAUUUUUAAAGUUGCACAUUGCUCAAGGCUUUUUUGUGUUUUUAAUAUUUGUACAUUUGAAAAAUAUUCUUUGAAUAAUUUUGCAGUACUAUAUUUCAGUUUCUUUAUAAAUCUAAAGGCAUUUUAACUCAUUGUACACUAUAAUGUAAGCGUAUGUUUUUAUUCAUAGAUUUUUAUUGAAGUCCCGAUUGGUCCCCUUCAGAAAUUUUUAUAUUCAAGGUAUUUUAUUUAUAUUUUAUGUGCAUUUUAUCUAUUAGUGUUUCAGAUUGUUCUGAGAACAUAAUUCCCUUUUGAGAAAUAUUUGGUGUACCAACAAUUCCUUGUAUUGAAAACUUAAAAAUUUGGGCCACCUUGUAUACAUGUACUUUGUCUUGUUAGAGGAAGAAAGGAUGUGUGUUAUAAUGUACCUGUGAAUGUUGAUAGUUUUUAAAUUAACCUUGUCAAAUGAAAUGUUUAAGGAAAUGAAAACUGGCCAUUACUACAGCCAGAAUUAUGACAUUAACAUUUGAGAAACUUGAGCAGAGUACUGUAAUUCAGCAUGAAGAUGAGAGAUGGUAAUGCUUAAUAUAGUUCAAGGAAUUGGGCAGAGUUUAGUAAAUGCUGUUAUGGAGAUAUGUUUUCCCCGAAUGCCUUCAUAUUAGUAGCAACCAGUUCCUUACAGAUUUCGACGUCAAAAGACUGAGUGGCGGUCACUCUUAAAGGACUACAAAGCCUUGGAACGAAUUAUAUCCUGCCAACACGAAACAUUGUGUUCAGAAAACACCUGCCUUUAGCUAAUACAACUGCUGGCUUCCCCCCAUAGUAGUUUUCUUAGGCUCAUUUGAAUAUUUUCAAGGAACUUGUACAGUUAAAAAAGUAUGAAAUCUUUAAUAGGUUGCAUAUUAUAUCUGAAGGAUAAUAUUUUCUAGGAAUAGGCAAAGGAAACCUGGUCGGUCUUUUUAAUGAGGGCUGGAUGCAUUGUAUUUCCCAGAUUCUAAUGACUCAUCGCAUUUACACUGUACAUCACUAGGUUUAUCCCCAGAAGCCUGCACAGAAGUGGUUUCAUUGACCACUAGUGUCAUAUUUGUUUUAAUGUAAUAUAAUUGACUGAGAAAUGUCUCUGGGUAGAACAGAUCCUCUCCUCCUUGCAGUCUUGAAGAAUACAUGAAUCCAAAGUUCAUUAGCUUAAUCCCUUCACAGUGACUUUUUAAGAUUUAAGAUUUCUUCUCAGUGAACCUGUCUGCUAAAAAAUAGCUGGGAAGAAUUUGAUGGUCAGGAAAGUUUGUUAUUAUUUUCUACUUGUGGAAAUUUCUGUUUCAGUUAUAUUUUUUUUAAUCCCAGCAUUCAUAUUUUUCUUGAAGAAACCACUGGGCAAAAUCAAAUUUAAUUUUAAAAGGUAAUUUCAAAGAAUUAUGAAGAUGAUUGCAAGUUCUAAUCACCUAUGAAUUUUUUUAAGUAAAUUUUAUAUUAAGGUAAACAUUUGAAUUGAGAAGCAGUAAAAUGAAAGGUACAUCUGAUUCUAAACCUUAUUUAAACAUUGGUACCAGUUACUCAGGGGAUAACGUGGAGUAACUUUUGUAUGCUGAGGUUUAGGAAUGGUGAAUGAAGGGUAUUGUAUAAAGUGCUCAAUGUGCAAUGAUUGUAAUUUAGUAAGAUACAGCCAUUUCAUGAAUGCUCUACCAUUCUAUGUAGUGUAUUACAAAACACCUUUCUUGUAUUCAUAUACUUCAGGUGUUGCCGUUAACAUUUACCAUGAUAUUUAUUUUAACCAAAAUGUUAUUCACAUUAAAUGUUUAAUCUUUAAAAUGAAUGUAUUGUUUAUAACCCAUAAAUACAUAAUUAGCCUAUGCCUCAUAUUUCAAUAGUACUGUAAUAUGGACUUUUGUGAAAUACUUUUAUUUUGUUAUGCUUUGAAUACACAUACAAGAAGACUGUUAGCUUUGAAAAUUGUAUAAUAUCCUAAUAUAUAAAAAUAAAAUAAGUGCUGUAUAAUUUAUGCAUCUAUGAUUUCCUCUGCCAAAGUCUACCAUUACUUAAUUCAUUUAUCCUACAAAAAUCAGUUCUUAAGCACAUCCCUAACUUGACCAUUUUGGAAAAGCCCAAGACUUGAAAUGGUCAAGAGUAAGAGCCCCAACAGACUGAGUCGUUUUUGAAUAUGCUUUAUGAGGCACAUCUUCACAUGUUCCUAUUCUCUUCACUGCCUUAUUUUCUAUCUGUAAGAAAUGCUUUCUAAAUAUUAA